AGCUCGGGAGCAUAUCUCAUGCUGCAACUUUCCUUCAUAACUUUUCAUUUCUUACUCCAGGCAUAAAACCGUCAAUCCGUUUGGUAAUUUUGCACGGACAAGAAUUUCACGUAAAUUCCUGCUAAUUUUUAAUUUACCAUCAAAAGUGACAAAUCAAAUGCAGUAACAGAUUCACUCUUAAAUUUUAAACGUGAAACCAUUGAAAACUUUGCUUUGAUUCUUUCAAUUACACAACAUGGAUAAACCGAACGGGGACGGGACAAGUGCUUGUUCAAUGUGUCAAACUCAUACCGACAAAUUCUGCGCUGGGUGCAAGAAAGCUUACUAUUGUUGCGUCGAGCAUCAAAAAUCUCACAGGAAGAUUCACAAAAAAGACUGUUUUCCAGCCGUUCUUAAAUACAAUGCGGAUUUUGGGGGAAGAUGUUUCACAGCCUCGAGGAAUAUUAAACAGGGGGAAACAAUUUUUAAGGACAAAGCACUCCUCAGUGGACCAAGUGGAGCGGAAAUGUUUUUCCAUUUCAUUUGUCUCGGGUGUUACAGACAGGUCAAGCCAGAGUCGACUUACAAGUGCUCCACAUGUGGCUGGCCUAUGUGUUCCAAACAGUGCGAGGAGAUGGCCCACCAUUCACAAUUUGAAUGUAGAAUAUUUGCAGCAAAUAAAAUCCAACCAUAUUUCAAAAUGCCAGUCCAAUACGAAAUGGUGAAUACGCUUCGGUCUCUUUUGUUGAUGCUAAUCGACCCAGAAAAAUGGGGGCAGUUAGCCGAAUUAGAAUCUCAUUCGGAAGCACGUGCAAAAAACCCGGACGCCGUGAGAGCAGUGAAAGAACACACGUUUUUUAUCCAUUCUGUUUGCAACCUGAGGGGUCAGUUUGAUGCGGGAGUGAUUGAUCAUAUCGUGGGGAUAUGGGGGAUUAACUCGUUCGGUGCGAAUUACCCGACAGCCGGACCAAAUCCGGGACGUGCUAGAAUGGCAACCCUAAUGUUCCCCAAGCUUUGUCUGGCUGCUCAUUCUUGUGUCCCAAACACAAGAGGAAUCCUGCUCGAAGAUGUGAAAGCCAGCAAUUCAGUCUGCUCUUACACAAUGGAAUUAAUAGCAGCCCUCCCAAUUCUGGAGGGGGAACAAAUCCACACAACGUAUGCUAAUGUCCACGAGGGUACCAUGGAGCGCCAAGAAAUCCUCCUGGAUAACUACUACUUUGCCUGCAAAUGUAAAAGAUGCAAAGAUCCGUCCGAAUUUGGGACUUUUUUCUCCGCCUUUAAAUGCCUAGAUUGUCAGGCAGGCUACUUGCUUCCUGCCGACCCUUUGAAUCGCGACUCGAAAUGGGAAUGUGUCAAUACGACGAAAUGCAAGAACGGGAAGCCAACGACGUACACAGAGUUGAAGACGAAACUGAACAAGAUCAAAAGGGAGUUACACUCGAUUAACAAUGGUGAACCAUCCCUCUCAACAAUACGGGAGCUGGAAUCAUUUUUACAAAAUCAGAAAAAAAAGCUGAAUGUGAACCACUGGUUAAUGAUGGAGACUGAAUUCCUCUUGGCGAUGAGGAUUCUUGGAUAUUUGCCCAAAUGCCAAAAGUCAGAUGAGGAAGAUUUGCUGCUCAACAGACUAAAUGAACUUUGUGAACAUUGUUUGUACAUUGCUGACCUAAUACAACCGGGCCAUAUUUCAUACAGAGGAAAACUUCUGUACUGCUUGGCACAAGCGAAGAUGAAGAAAUUGGUGAAAGGGACAAAAAAUGGUGGAGUGGAAAUUAUUCUUCAGGGAAAAGAUGUCCUGGAUCAAAUUCAGCAAUGUUCGAGAGAAGCCAUGCAAAUUAUUUCAAGAGAAAGUGAAGGAACGGAAGAUCAAAUCAUGUCUCAAAGACUAGCCAAAGAUUUACUUCAAGUUCGAACCAUGAUGGAUUUUAUAAAUAUGAAGAUUUGAUUUUAAAUAACACUAAAAAAUUGUUAUAUUUAUCUUGUAAAUUUAAACACGAGUAAAAAGUAUUGACACAAGUGUAAAAUAUUAAACAGUUCGUAGAUAUAUGUAAUGUGCAUUGAUUCAUCAAAAUGAUUAACCUUCAACUUUAUUUUGGGUGUUCAUACCCUUGAUUUUAAAUACAUGUUGCAAAAUACUGCGAUCCUGCGGUUAGAAUGCCAACCUCUUUGAACAGUUUGACCAUUUAUGUAUUUACAUUACUCAAUUUGCGUCAGUAAGUUAGUCCAAAACCUGUUGGAUUGAAUGAUGUUAAGAAAAAUACCGCUGGUAUAUAAUGCUAAUGUCAAUCUUGCGGUGAAAUGGGGUCGAAUAUAUAAACGCAUAUAAAAGUGGGAGCUCGAUGGAUUAAUUCGGAGUGAAUUUCGGAUCAGUGUACCGACAGUUCCCCACAAAGAUGAGGUUCCUAUCAGUAUUUGCGAUAUUGGCUGUGGCCAUUGCUGCAAGUGAAGCGUCGGUGUUUAGUCGGUUGUAUUUUAGCUUUGCGCCAGCCACGACCAAAGCUCCAGUCACCACCACCACCACGAAGGCUACCACCACCACUAAACCUAGCACGACAACGACCAGAGCAACUACAACAAUGACAACGACCACGACCACUACCACGGCCGCCCCUCAGGUGUUGAAAUUUGAAAGGGGAGAGUUGCCACCAAACGCGGUCGAGGACGUUAUGGCGAUGAUUGAAAUGUAUCCUCAACUUCAAGGACGAGAGGACGAGAUUUUUAAUGCAUCACCUCCAGCAGAAGACGAUCCAUUCAUGAAAAUGAUGAGCUCCAUGCCCCUGGAAAUCCAGAAUGCCGUCAGUUGCUUGAGGAUUCUCAUCGAUUCUCAUACACCAGGUACUGCAUGGGACUUUCAGAAAGAAAUUACCUGUGCUAUUGCAGCACCGGCUAUCCAUUGAUGAAGAAACGCCUUGAAAUGAUACACUGCUCUGACACACACUAUGAUACGCUAUAUGUAUGAUACACUGAUCUGAAAUAAACAUCCCCUUGUAGCAAUUUGCAUAAAA